AUCCAUUCAUUCAUUUAUUAAACGCUUUUUCACCGCUUUUUGUUUGAUUUGCUGAAACAAGUGUUCAUUACAUCGACGGCUCAUUUCGGAUCAGAUCAGCGAUGGCCGCGACAGACAUUAAGCCAAAUCAGACCAUUUAUAUCAAUAACUUGAAUGAGAAGAUCAAAAAAGAGGAGCUGAAGAAGUCAUUACACGCCAUCUUUUCCCAGUUUGGAAACAUUGUGGACAUCAUAGCACUGAAGACGUUGAAGAUGAGGGGUCAGGCGUUUGUCAUAUUCAAGGAGUUGGGCAGCGCUUCGGCGGCGUUGCGGUCGAUGCAGAACUUCCCCUUUUAUGACAAACCUAUGAGGAUAUCAUACGCCAAGUCUGACAGUGACGUGAUCUCCAAAAUGAAGGGCACUUUCGUCGAGAGACCAAAACUGCCGCGAAGUGAAGAGCCGAAGAAGAAGAAGAAGGAGAAGAGAGUGAACCCAUCGGGCGGUCAGAACGGGACUCAGGGGACGGGUAUCCCGCACUCGGCUCUGGCAGAACAGCCGCCGAAUAACAUCCUAUUCUUGACGAAUCUGCCCGAAGAGACCAAUGAGAUGAUGCUGCAGAUGCUGUUCAAUCAGUUCCCGGGCUUCAAAGAGGUGCGACUCGUGCCCGGAAGACAUGACAUCGCUUUCGUGGAGUUCGACAAUGAGUUCCAAUCGGGCGCUGCGAAGGACGCCCUCCAGGGCUUCAAAGUCACGCCAACCCAUGCCAUCAAAAUCACGUUCGCCAAGAAGUAGACACAUCCAGACACCCAUCAGUCUGUCAUUCAUUGCAUUCAAUUGUAUUUAAAUUAAUAUUAUUUACGUUUAU